AUGUUAUCAAGAGUUACUUAUGCUCGUAAUGCUGCCUCUAGAUUGGCAUAUUCUGCCUCUAGAGCAGUAACUGCCCGUUCUGUUGUGAGCGGUGUGAGAAGCUAUGCUACUGCAAAGGCACAACCAACUGAGGUUUCUUCUAUUUUGGAAGAAAGAAUCAGAGGUGUCUCUGAAGAAGCCAAUUUGAAUGAAACCGGUAGAGUUUUGGCUGUGGGUGAUGGUAUUGCUCGUGUCUUUGGUUUGAACAACAUUCAAGCCGAAGAAUUAGUCGAAUUCUCGUCAGGUGUCAAAGGUAUGGCUUUGAAUUUAGAACCUGGUCAAGUCGGUAUCGUUUUAUUCGGUUCUGAUAAAUUGGUUAAAGAAGGUGAAAUCGUUAAGAGAACCGGUAAGAUUGUCGAUGUCCCAGUCGGUCCAGCUUUACUAGGUAGAGUUGUCGACGCUUUGGGUAAUCCAAUUGAUGGUAAAGGUCCAAUCAAGGCUGCCGGUUACUCGAGAGCUCAAGUUAAGGCUCCAGGUAUCUUACCAAGAAGAUCUGUUCACGAACCUGUCCAAACUGGUUUGAAAGCUGUCGAUGCUUUAGUUCCAAUUGGUAGAGGUCAAAGAGAAUUGAUUAUCGGUGACAGACAAACCGGUAAGACCGCAGUUGCUUUGGAUACGAUUUUAAACCAGAAGAGAUGGAAUGAUGGUAAAGACGAAUCAAAGAAAUUAUACUGUGUUUACGUCGCCAUUGGUCAAAAGAGAUCCACUGUUGCUCAAUUGGUUCAAACUUUGGAACAACACGAUGCUUUGAAAUAUUCUAUCAUUGUUGCUGCCACUGCUUCUGAAGCUGCUCCAUUACAAUAUUUGGCUCCUUUCACUGCUGCCUCUAUUGGCGAAUGGUUUAGAGAUAAUGGUAAGCACUCUUUAAUUGUCUAUGAUGAUUUAUCCAAGCAAGCUGUUGCAUACCGUCAAUUAUCUUUGUUAUUAAGACGUCCACCGGGCAGAGAAGCUUACCCAGGUGAUGUUUUCUACUUACAUUCUAGAUUAUUGGAAAGAGCUGCUAAGAUGUCCGACAAGGAAGGUGGUGGUUCAAUGACUGCUUUACCAGUUAUUGAAACUCAAGGUGGUGAUGUCUCUGCUUAUAUUCCAACCAACGUUAUUUCCAUUACUGAUGGUCAGAUUUUCUUAGAAGCUGAAUUAUUCUACAAGGGUAUCAGACCAGCUAUUAAUGUCGGUUUAUCCGUUUCUCGUGUCGGUUCUGCUGCUCAAGUUAAAGCUUUGAAGCAAGUUGCCGGUUCAUUGAAAUUAUUCUUAGCCCAAUAUAGAGAAGUCGCUGCUUUCGCUCAAUUUGGUUCCGAUUUAGAUGCAUCUACUAAGCAAACUUUAGUUAGAGGUGAAAGAUUAACCCAAUUAUUGAAGCAAAGUCAAUACGCUCCAUUAUCUGCCGAAGAACAAGUCCCAUUGAUUUACGCUGGUGUCAACGGUUACUUAGAUAACAUCGAAUUAUCAAGAGUUGCUGAAUUUGAAUCCUCCUUCUUAGCUUAUUUGAAGGCAAACCAUGAAACUAUUUUGUCCACCAUAAGAGACAAGGGUGAAUUGAACAAAGAUUUAUUAGCUACUUUGAAGUCUGCUACCGAGUCUUUCGUCGCUACUUUCUAA